AUGAUUUUUUUAUUUCGUGCAUUUAUCUCUGAUAUUCAAUGUCAAUUGAAAAAUCAUCAAAUUAAGAAUUCUUUACGAGUUUAUCGAGGGCAAAGAAUAUCAACUGAUGAAGUGAAAACUUUAAAACAAUACCUUGGCCAGUUUAUUUCACUGAAUUCAUUUUUUUCCACUAGUACUGAUUAUCGACAAGCUCUUUCAUUUCUCAAUGAUCCUAAUGCUGCAGAGAACUUAGAGCCAGUAUUAUUUGAAAUUGUUGCUGAUCCUAAGGUGGCAACUACAAAACCAUUUGCCGAUAUCAGUGCAUUUAGUGAAUUUCCUGGCGAAUCAGAAAUACUUUUUAUGCUUGGUUCUAUUUUUCGUUUGGACAACGUCAAUCACAGCAGUGAUGAUCAAGUAUGGAUCAUUCUAAUGACUUUGUGUAGUGAGAAAGAGCAUGAUUUAAAAAAUGUUCUUAUGUAUACGAAAUAUGAACUUGGUUGUGGACAAACAAACCUUCGAACAUUAGGAAAAUUACUAUGGCAAAUGGGAAAGCUUAAUUUAGCUGAACAGUAUUUUACUCGUUUAUUGAAAGAACUCUCACCAAAUGAUCCUUUACUUAGUGAUUUGUACGAAGAUCUUGGCAAAAUUGCAUCACAUACCGGUGACUAUGACAAGAGCGUCCAAUGGCAUAAAAAGUCACUUGCACUUAAAAAUCCAAAUGCAUUAGCUGGCGUAUUCAAUGAUGAUGAAAGUAGCAAUUCUAUUGGUAAGUUCAUUGAAAGAAAGUCUUAUCUUGAAACGGAUAUCUUUUAUAAAAAUGAAUCUCGUAUUAUGCAAAACACAGUUGUAAUAAAAACUCAGAAGAGCGAAACGCAUGAUAAUUCAUAA